UGUGUGGCAUGAGCGCAAGACCCUCAGCUGGACCAUGGCUCCCUCAGUCUUAGGAGUGGUGAAUGUGUCUGUGACCGCUGAAGCUGUGGCGUCCCAAGCUUCAUGUGACAAUGAGAUUGUUAGUGUGCCAGACAGAGGUCGUAUUGACGUGGUCACACGAUCUCUCAUCGUAAAGGCUGAGGGAACUGAGCUGACAAAGACCCACAACUGGCUGCUCUGUCCAAAAGGAGAAGCUUUGACAGAGGAAAUAAACAUACAACUCCCUGAGAACAUGAUUGAUGGAUCUGCCCGUGCUUCACUCUCUGUCCUUGGUGACAUUCUGGGCCGAGCCCUGAAGAACCUGGAUGGGCUGCUGCAGAUGCCAUAUGGUGUGGUGAGCAGAACAUGGCUCUUCUGGCCCCCAACAUUUACAUCCUCCAAUACCUGAAAGACACACAGCAGCUGACCCCGGCUUCAAGGAAAGGCUACCAACUUCCUGACUAGUGGCUACCAGAGACAGCUGAACUACAAACAUGACAGCGGUGCUUACAGCACGUUUGGAACAGGAUACGGGAACACUUGGCUGACUGCUUUUGUACUGAGAUCUUUUGCCAAAGCACAGUCUUUCAUCUACAUCGACCCGAAAAGAUUGCAGAGUC